AUGGUGAAACGGGACUGGAUGAGCUCUGCCAGCGUGUUGCUGAGGGCCCCAGGCUGUAAAUCUCAAAGACAUCUUCAACAGGAAUGCUGUUCUGUGAAAACAGACAACUCCUCCACUAUUAAAGUCUCCCUGAAGCGCAACAAUAAAGCGCUGGCACUGGCCCUCAACGCGGAGAAGGCCAACGCGCAGCGGCUCACCCAGGAGAAGACGGUCCUACAGAAGGAGGUGGAGCAGUGCCACUUCCAUAAUGCUGCCCUGCGCCACAAGCUCUGCUUCUUGAAUAACACCUUGAAAGAAAUGGAAAAACUUAUGGCUGCGAUUAAGAUGGCCCGGCUCUCUGAGUUCUGUACGAGUUCUGCGUCCUUGUCCAAUGGCCAGAAGAGCAGCGUAACAGAAGAUAGCUGGGCUGAUGACACCACAGACAGUCGGCUUGUGAGGCCUGCAGUGAUGCUGCUGAAAGCACCUGUUUCCAAGCUAUGUGAUGGGGGAAAGCAAGAUAGCAGCUCCACAGCAGUACAGACAUCCCCAGUAGAUCUCCAGAGACCAGUUCCUGAUAAGCCCCGUGAAAUUGUGCCUAUUGUCUCCAAAGUAUCUUUGGAGACACCACAGCUAGCUGAGAAGCCUCAGUCCUCCCAGGAAGAAAGUGUGAAGAAGCCGUGUGAAGCAGCAGAAACGGAAGAGGCUUUUGUUGAUUGUCAUGUCUUUGGGGAGUCCUUGUGUGCCACCCAACAAAAUCCCAACGGUUUGCCAGCACUUACCUGGGAAAGUCAUCCUCUUCCAUAUGAGGAGGAUGAGAUGGUGAAACGUUUCUGUGACCGUCUCUCACAAGGGUGUGUUACUCAGCGGAGGAAGCGUUCCACCCUGUUUGCAACAAGCACUCCAUCUUCUGGUGUGGAUUUCUUCUCAAACAUCAGUUCAACUCGAGUGUCCCAGUGGAGUAUCACGAAGGACAGUAGCAGCUCCAACAAAAGUAACACACAGCUACAGCUGAAAUCUCCCAGCUCCCUUGCUUCGCCUGCUCAAACUGCUGCUGAUUCUGAUAUAAAAUCUUCAGGUAAAGAGGUUCUCUGUGAUCAGCCACAGGCUGAAGAAACUGUGUGUGAUGCUGGAAUUGAUCCCAACUGUAGCCAAGUCCCUGAGCUUGUUCCUGUAAAGGUGAAAGGCAAAGGUAAUUGCAAAACCAGUGAAAAAACAUCUGUUAAAAAGGCUAGCACAAGAAAAAAGAAAAGGAAUUCAAUUAAAAGCGAUGCAAAAGGUGGCUCUGAUGCCCCUCAGGGUGAAGAGAAUGCCCAAAAUGUGAAGAAACUUCUUCAGCCAAGCGUUGCGGCAAAUUCUAGUGGGCCUGAAGUUCCUGAGAUGAAUCAGGAAGCUUGUGUGGCAGCUUUGGAAGGGAUGAACAGAGGCUGUGGUGCGAACCUACGUUCCCGCUUGCCUGAUGAAGUCCGAGAUCUCAGGAGAACGUAUGUGGUGAAUCCAGCACAGCUGCAAAAUCUUGAAAGUGGUGACUUACUGCAACAAGUUAAGAAGGAAGCUGUCUUUGAGAUCCAAAGUGUGGAGAGCUUGUUGAAAAGCCCAGUUCAUGCCUUCUCAAGUCAUAAAGCUCCCUCAGAUGAUUCUGGUCUACAAUAUUCACUUUCCUUGAGGAAAGAGACCUCAGGUGUAUGUGCUUUGCAGCAGGACUCAUCAAGUGUGAGCACAAAGAGCAUCAGGAGGAAAACCAGCAGGAAAACUAGAGUAAUUAUGCAAAGAAAUCACUCUGAUGAGGAGAAUGUGCCAAACAGUGUGAAAAUAUCGGAGGCUAAAGCUGAAGAACAGCCUAAAAGAAGCCAGUCAAGCAGGAGGAAGACUGUCAGGGAAAGCAGUUGUAAUGAUCAGAGAAAUGAAGUUGAGGUUUCUGGGCCAUGUAUUGGUGCUGAAGGAGUUGCUAAGGAGAGCGCAAAGGAUUUACCAGAUAAUCCUAAACGUAGCAGAAAAACCUAUGUUGUCCGUCCUUUGGAUCUUACAGGAAACUUGGGCUGCAUCAAGACUGAUUUUGAUGGGGAUGAAAUUGUACCUUCCAGGUGUGUUCCUGGGAGCAAAGCUAGCAAAAUCCCCAGAGUUCAGAGGAUGGUAACUGCUCAGAGCAAUAAAAAGUGGACGGGGGACCUUCAGGAAAAGGGGCAGGCUGAAGUUCACAACAACAUGAAUGCCUUUAGAAAAGAAGCCUAUCCCAAACCAAAGCCUCUGAGGAAGGAGAACACUUGUAGUCCUUCAGAGACUGAUUCCCUGGCCAGACAGAGUGAUGGGGCCGGGCUGCUUCCUGGAAGUUCGGCAGAACUUGUGUCCGGGCAAAUUGUCCUGAUGGGGAAGCUCUCCUGCUUUACAGAUCUCCGGUCUGAGCCGGACACCUUCCUUGAGGAGCAGAUAGCUGAGAUCUCACUUACAAAUAAUCUUAUGAGCAUUUCAGACAGUCUCGAAUCCUCCGUUGUGACCUGUUCUGCAGCUUUGCCUCAUGACUCCAGGCUUACAGAUCUACCAGGCUCCAAGAGCUUAGGUACUGAGGGCAACAAAAUCCCAGAGAAAUCCUCUGUUUGGGCAGAGAGCACUCUGAUAUUUAAAGAAAGGAGUGCAGAGGAAGUACCUGAGGGAAGAAACCAGGUGGAGUUAAGUGCUGAAGAACAUUUUCAGAGUUCAGCUUUGCAGGAACCUGAGAUUAGGCCACUGCAGGACUUGACCAAUGCCAGGACUCUGUCUUCCCCCAGCUCAGAAGGAGCUUCAGGACGUCCGUCUAGGCGGAGACGGGACCCUGCCUGCUAUGCAGAGCCAAAACUCAACAGCAAACUGAGGCGGGGCGACCCGUUUACGAACACGGAGUUCCUCCACUCCCCUGUCUACAAAACCAAAAAGAAGAAAAUGACCAAACCCAAGGCAAAGACCAAGAAGAUCAAAGAGGAAAAAGAAUGGCUUCCUGAAUGAUGUCCCAGGGCCAAGGCAAGCAAGCUAAUACCCAUGGGAUGAAACAAGGAGCCAGAAGUGAAAUAGUGGUUAAACAGGGAAACCCUGAGCUCAUAGCUUGUGUAUCUUUGCAGGAAUAUCUCUCGUGCUUUGCGUAGCUUAUUUUGUAUUUAAUUUUAAAGUAUAAAUAAAGUCUCC